AUGAAGGGAAUACUGCUUGUGGCACUCGUGAUUUUACAGUUGGUACUUCUCAGCAAAGGCUCGCUUCCGAAAAGGUCACAGAGUUGUCCACGAAAUCCGAAGCUCGAAGCUUGGAAGAAAACUGUGAAACAGAUUCUGGCGAUUAAAGGCGUCCGGGAAAAGAGACAGUCAGCG